GAGCUCUGACAACAGUGAUGGUACAGUUUAACAUAGGCAACACAGGGAAAAUGGUCAGACACAUGUUCUCUAAUCUUCUACUGCUCUGGUCACUUAGCCAUGAGGUUUAUGCCACUGGACUAACAAAUGGUGACCCAAAGGAGCAGUCCUGGAACAACCACAACCUCUCUUCUGUCCCUCUGGAUUUGGAUGUAAGGCUUAGAAAACUAGACCUGUCCAAUAACUUCAUCAGACAGUUGCACACACUUGGUCUGCCAUACUUGGAGCAGCUGGACCUGAGCUGCAACCAGCUGGAUUUCAUCUCCGAAGGGGCUUUUGAAAACCUGGCUCGACUUGAAGAGUUGAAUUUGUCCAGAAAUACGCUGAACAACAACCUUGGCAGUAACAGCAAAGCCCUCCAAUCCAUCAGUAGACUGAAGAGUUUGGAUAUGUCAAUGAACAGUCUGAGUGAUACUGCGGUGGAGCUAUACCUCCGAAACAAAUGGUCUCUUGAUCAACUGAAGAUGACUGGUAAUGCUUUAACGAGACUUACAUACAACUUGUUCAAAGAGAGUAAAAGUUUGAGGGUCAUUAAUAUUGACGACAAUCUGAUAACAGUUAUUGACGAGGGCACAUUCGAACCAUUGACCAAAUUAGAGACGCUAAACUUGGCCCAAAAUAAUCUCGCCCAUAUCUGUGAUUUUAAAUUACAUCAAGUUAAAUAUCUGAAUCUCAGUAGAAAUUCAGUACAGUUCUUUCUUACACAUCAGGAGGAUCACCAAUCGUACAGACUUGAAAUUCUUGAUCUAAGUUAUAACAAAUUACUUUAUUUCCCAAUUGUUCCAAAGAUUAACCGUUUGAAGUAUCUUCAUUUACAAAAUAACAUGGUUGGUGCCCUGAAUUCAGAGGCAACAAUGGUGUCAGAAGCCAAUUCUCUUUAUAAUGAGAUUGUAAGUCAUGGUGACACUAACGUUAAGAAAAAUGACCUUCACGCAAACUGGAGGCUGAUGCCUCUGGUUCAUAUUGACUUGAGCUAUAACCACUUCAGAUCUUUCCCACUGGAGACAUUGAGCCUUCUCUCAUCUUUGGAAACGCUGAAUUUCAGCCAUAACUGUGUUCAGAACAUCAUCUGGAAUGUUAGAAAUGAUAGUGAAUCAGGACACAAUCGUCAGCUUUUCUUUUCUUCUUUAAAGUACCUUGACCUGCAAAGCAAUGGAAUUGUAUCUAUUUCCCCUCUCUUCCUCAAGACACUGACACAUUUAGAGACAUUAAAUCUUCAAGACAAUUCUGUGCAGCCUUGUUCUCCCAUGGACCAUUUGCCAAGCUCUCAGUCAACAGCACAAAUAAAUUACAACACAUCCUGUGUCAUCUUUGGGCAAUUAAGGACUCUUAAACACCUAAAUCUUAAAGAAAACAACAUAAAGAUGCUUCACGCAAACUCAUUUCAGAAAACCUCUUUGAUUUCCCUCAAUCUUGCAAGAAAUGUACAUAUGGUAAUGCAUGUGGAUGCACUAGAGGAUGUGCAGGGAAGUCUUCAGUCUUUGACUCUCAGUGAACUCAACAUGACCAGCUCUGAUCUGUCUUUACCUUGUAUGCCAGUGUUAACCAAGCUGAAUGUAUCAAACAAUGACCUAAACAUCAUGCCCAGCAGUUUGAGUUGCUCUCCCUUGAGAGAAAUCGAUAUAAGAAAUAAUGCCUUUGUGUCUUUAAACCACUCUUUGAUUCUUGCUUUAUCUGUACACCUAAAUAUGAUGCACAUUAGUGGGAAUUAUUUUAAUUGCUGUGACAGUAAAUGGCUGAUGCUCCUAAAUGAAUCAAAUAUCAACCUGCCUGAUGUCGGCCAAGCUGAAUGCUUCACAAGUGGUAGUAACAUUUUGAUCACAGAGUAUUUGAACAGUUCUGCAGAAAUACAUUGCUUUCAUACAAAAACGCAGGAAAUUCACUUUGGGCAAAUAAUUACAUUUAUUUUAUUUAUAACUGUAAUAUUGAUAGUGUUCAUCAUAUUCACCAGAAGAAUGUGUUGCAAUCGAAGAUCAUUAAUAGUGUGAUAUAACAUCUGUUUUUGUUGGUUUAUUGUGUAUAUUGUUUCAUAUGGGUUACAUGUGUAUACUGUAUGCAAACCAAAUGAGAAACUGGAGAACAGACUGCAGUUACUGAAGCAUAUUUCCUGUGAGUGUCAUUGUGCAUGACUAGUUUCACUAUAAACAACAGCUUAGGCUGUACCCCUUUUACAAUUUCAGUGAAGAAGUAUAAAGAAGACUCCAUUUCAUUGCACAUUACUCUGUUUGUGAGACAUGCAUCACGCUGUGUGACCUGUGCAGCUGAAAUAUUGUGAUUAAAAUUGGCUUUAUCGACUCCCAAGCCGUUUGGUCACAGUGCGUGCCAAAUCGCUGUUUUUGCCCAUCCUUCAUUGUGAAAUGUUUGUUUGCAACUAAAACUUUAACCUUGGCUCAAAUUUGUAUGACGUCUGUGAAGCCUUGCACAACAUUCCCAGAAUGAGGACUAAGCUCCUGAACAAUUCAACCCAACGCCAAGUACGGACAUUGUAACAGUUCCUUUAUGAACAUAGCUUAUCUUACAGUGUAUAUAGAUAUAUGUUUGAUCCAUUAUUAUAAAUAUCAUUAUCUCCAUUUGUUUAUGUUUUAUAAUGCAUAACUUAUCUAGUUCUGAUCCUGGAAGACUGUCAUCAAAUGUUGUAAAUCUGGCAACAGUCAUGCUGUACAUAAUAAACAUUCUGUACCUAGUAAUAACAAUAUGUUUUUC